AUGGGAUCAAUGCCCUCGCCGCAGCCGCUCGUGCUCCCCCCGGGCACCGACGCAGCGCACUUCGACGCCUACAUCAAGCGCGCCACCACCAUCGUCGGCGCCGAAAACGUAACUGUCAUCACAGGCGACAGUGGCAGCAACAACAACGAGCACUCCUCGCUGUCCAAGUCGUCGUACCUCGACCCGGCCAAGGCGCACGACAUGUUCCACGUCUUCGACAAGGACUACUUCGUGGCGUCGGUGGUCGUGGCGCCGCGCAAGGUGGCCGAGGUGCAGGCGGUGAUGCGGCUGUGCAACGAGUUCGCGAUCCCCGUGUGGCCCUUCAGCGCGGGGCGCAACGUCGGGUACGGCGGGGCGGCGCCGCGGGUACCCGGAAGCGUGGGGCUGGACGUGGGCAGGAAUAUGAACAGGGUGCUGGACGUCGACGUGCGGAAUGCGUGCUGCCUGGUCGAGCCCGGCGUGACGUACACGGAUCUGUACAACCAUCUGGUCGAGAACGGGCUCGAUGAUAAGCUGUGGGUUGAUGUGCCCGACCUGGGGGGCGGGUCGGUGUUGGGGAACUGUAUCGAGCGUGGGGUUGGGUAUACGCCUUAUGGGGACCAUUUCAUGAUGCAUUGCGGUAUGGAAGUCGUCCUUCCCAACGGAGAACUCAUCCGCACGGGCAUGGGAGCCAUGCCGAACCCAACUUCAUCGUCAUCAGCUGCUAAUGGGGGCACGCCCGACGAGGAGCCCGGCAACCGAUGCUGGCAGCUCUUCAACUACGGCUUCGGGCCGUACCACGACGGCAUCUUCUCGCAGAGCAACUACGGAGUCGUGGUCAAGAUGGGCAUGUGGCUGAUGCCCAACCCGGGCGGCUACCAGCCGUAUCUGAUCACCUUCGAGCGGGACGACGACCUGCCCCAGAUCGUCGAGAUCAUCCGCGAGCUCCGCCUCGCCAUGGUGCUCCAGAACGUGCCCAGCAUCCGGCACAUCCUGCUCGACGCAGCGGUGCUCGGCACCAAGAAGUCAUACAAGGACGUCGACCGGCCGCUGACCGAAGAAGAGCUCGUCGAGAUCCAACACCAGCUCGGCCUCGGGCGCUGGAACUUCUACGGGGCGCUGUACGGGCCGGCCGUGGUGCGCGACGCGCUGUGGCAGGCGGUGAAAGCGAGCUUCGGGCGCAUCGCCGGGGCGCGCUUCUUCUGGCCCGAGGAAGGCAAGACGUCGCCGGGGGUGCUGGACAUCCGGGCCAAGACGCUGCGCGGGGUGCCGACGGUCGACGAGCUGGCGUGGGUCGACUGGCUGCCCAACGGCGCCCACCUCUUCUUCUCGCCCAUCGCCGAGAUCACGGGCGAGGCUGCCGGCCUGCAGUACGCCGUCACCCGCCGCCGCGUGCUCGACGCCGGCUUCGACUUCUUCGGCACCUUCACCAUCGGCAUGCGCGAGAUGCACCACAUCGUGUGCCUCGUCUUCGACCGCGAGGACCCGGCCCAGCGCGAGCGCGCCCUGCGCCUGAUCCGCACCCUGAUCGAUGACUGCGCGAAGUAUGGAUGGGGCGAGUAUCGCACGCAUCUGGCCCUCAUGGACCAGAUUGCCGAUACGUAUAGCUGGAACGAUCAUGCCUUGCUGAAGCUGAGCGAAAGGCUGAAGGAUGCUGUUGAUCCUAACGGCAUUCUCGCGCCUGGAAAGAACGGCGUCUGGCCCAGCAACUACAAUAAGGCAGAGUGGAAGUUGACGGCCGAAUCGUCGGUGAAGAGAAAGUCAUGA